AUGGAAGACGUUUGCCUGGAGAAGACUGUGUUCUGCACAGGCCUCCAAGGCGAGGAGGCCACCACUGUUACAAUUACCGGUCCCGUGGCAACCGAUUACAUCCUCUCAGGCAGCAUGAUCUUUGUCAGGGUGGACGUUGAGGUCAUCAAGGACAACCCGUUCGUCUACCUUUGCUCAGUCACUACAGGAGCGUACAGGUUUUCGUCGAACUUGUUCUUCAGGUCAUCGGAGUUGGUCACUGAGGGGGCUUAGGCGCUGACAAUGGUGCCAAAUUUGUUUCCGCGUAGUGACGGCCUCCUAGCCAUGGGACGGUUAUCGACGCUUUGUGGCAGACGGGACAGCUGUCUCACGACGCUGUUCCUGAUGAGGAGGGCAACUCCGGUAUGUCGUCGCUCUACCCUUAGAAGUCCGUCCCAGAUGUGUCUGGAACGGAUGCCGUUGUUUUUUGUGCUUUUUCGACCGCUUUUUUGCGUCCAUAAGUCAUGAUCAGCUUGCCGACGGUGUGUUUUAUCAGCAAUUUUUAGGGCAUCUUUUCUAGCCCCCUUCCCCUCUCUACGAGACGUCUCCUAAAUAGGGUCACUUAGUCAUCCCAGGCUACUGCCGAAUUCUGAUGUGAGUCACGACUUCUGUUUAGUGGAAGGACGACCCGAGUUAACUUGGGCCAUCUACAGGAUGACAUGUCACCCUCUCCGCAGGGCUUUUUGUUCGGGAGCGGGGAGAGAGUUUGGGCGUUACUUCAGGGAUUACCGGGCAUGAAGACACACACUGGAUACCCUCAUCUGGUUUAGCCAGCCAAGGACGGUUAUCGGGAUGUGACCGCGGAGCUGGGCACGACGUCUUGGAACCAUAGAUGAAAGCUGGGUUUUGGGAUAGGACGGGACAGCAGCAUUCACCAGACCCAUUAAUGUAGUCGGCAGUAACCAUCGGUGUACUACUCAUGGGUACUUCCUGCCACCCUAGUCGUGCCUUUAUUAUCAGGCCCAGUUGCCGUCCCCUGCGCUACACCCUUGUGUACGGUAUUUGCAAACUGUGUACGUGCGGUAAACUUGUCAGCGUAAGGUUGGGCGACGCUGAUUCAGAGGCAUGGACGGUCUUGAAGUGACCGACGAAGUGGGUCGCCGCUCAUGGCACCACGCACACCUAGAGCGCUUGGAAUACACGAUUCCAGACGGCACUAGUUAACAUGACGCUCAGUUUCUAGGGAACGCAUCCCAGUCCUUUGUCGUUCGGAUGUUACUAUUGACGUCUCAUAUCCUUUGCUUGGUCACCUGUUCUGAUUAUUGCGAAAUUUGCCUUAAACGUGUAUAAGAUAUCACUAUUGUCGUUUACUUAUAAUCUAACUGGUCAUUUUUUUGAUGUUUUGGCUUUCUAGAAACCAUGCCUGCACUGGUCGAUUCAAUCUAAGAUGUACUGGAUGAAGACAAGUAAAUAGUAGUCGGUUUACGUGGACUUUUGUGGGACCUUUCGCGGGUUUCUGCCUCGCAAGUUCAUCCUUGAGCGUCCGCCCAAGGAAAGUGUGAAUAUCAUUUUCAUCAGCGAAGUUCUUGUCAAAGAUUGGCGCCGAAAUCGCCGUCUACAUGCUUGCUUCACUUUAGGAGUUUCAGAUUAUGGAGUAUAAUCUGCAGACUUCACGAAAACGUAGGAAAAACAUUCCACCGGAUUCACUUCUGAAGCGAAGAAGACUUUCAAAAGAAUCUGGGGAACAAGGAAAACACAGGACACUGCUUGAGACGGCCCUAACAGACGACUGGCAGGUCAGCGCAGGAUCAUGGAAUUUUCAAUUUUAUUUAACUUUUGUAACUAUCUCUAUAAAUUCGUUUUAGCAGCAUCGCCACUUAACGACCCAGGGAACUGUCACCCGUUGUAAAAGUGUGGCAGAGAAUUGAACGUGAGCUAUAUAAAUUGUUAGACGGCAGAAGUACGAAAGAUAUUAUGGGAAGGAGAAACAAGGGGAAAUUUAGAAAGUCGGAUGGCAAUCAUUUUCAGUAGUCGAGUUGAUGCGUUAGCGUAACUGACUUACGUAUGCAUGGAUGAUCGCAAAAACUGUCUACAGCAUCGUGAAGCACUACAGUUAACCCUCUGCAUGACAUUCGACUUGCGCCUUGAAGAUAGUCAUGAAUAUCUAACGGAAUACAGUGGGACAGUGGCCCCAGUCCCUCUUGGCGCCAAGACAGCAGCCUACGCCCAGCGAAUGAAGGCUGACUUCGUGCGCGGAAGGAGGAACGGCAAACAGCUGCAAAACACGUAGGUGAACACUCCUGAGUAGCGGAGCAUACUGGCCUAUUAAAUUUCCUGAAAAACGUUGCACGGACUUCUGGCACUACUUUCUUGUACAACGUAAUUCAAGUCAGAUAAAUAUCAGAUUCCUGACUCGCACGUUUGACAUUCCCGGGCCUCCAAGUCACUCUUCCCCCGACUUAUUUGACUUUUCAGUGUAAAUUUGUGAUUGAACCCAUGGUAAGCAAGAGGGGCUAAAUUGUAAACUGAAGAAUAAAACCUUGCGACAACGACUGAUGCUUAUUUAAGUACGAUGACUGUUCCACCACGGACAUGUCAACCGCUGCCACCCCCCCCCGCUCCCUGCUAACUGCAGUCCCAGCUGGAGCGCGCUCUCCUGACUUGCACCAAAUAAGUGGUCCCACUGACAACGGUGACAGACAGCAGCAUCUUUAAAAUACUCUGAACGUCGAGCCAGCCAACCUUUGGUUCUUUUGCGCCGCCGCCGCCGCCUCCUCUUCUUGUUAUUGGUUGGUAAACUAAAGUCGUUGCCCCGUCUCUGAUAGGUAGAACGCCGGGACGUUUGAAUCAAUACGAGGCGAAAAAAUCUCCACAGACAUUAGUAAGGACAUUUAUUUUCGCUUGCUCAAGUCGCUUCACUUGAUUGCCUUAAACCAAGAAGUUUGGAUCGACUUCCGCGGGUUGUGCAAAUCAAAGUAUUUUUUAAGUUGUUUCGCCCGUCUACUCAUACCUUUUGCAUCACGCGGUUUCUUUUUUACACAUCUUCCUUUUUCUCUCCAGUUAACUAUGGGGGCCUCACUGGCCGAACGACUCGAAAGAAUAACCAGUGAGAAGAAGUUGACUGUGCCCCAAGUGAAGCGCCUCCUCAAAAUUGUCCUAACUAACGAGGACGUUGUGGCCGCGUUCAGACACUUCAUGGAUGGCCAGCUGGCACUGCUUGAACCGGAGACCGGCGAGCCCUCCUCAGCCACUAGGAGACAAGCCCACCUCUUGGGGGUCGACCCGACUGCUCUUAGCCGUUGCUCUGGCGGCUCUGCCAUCGAGAAUCCGAUUGUGCACCGGGUGUUAACAAGGUUCUUUUCUAUACUUAAAUAUUUUUUAACAUGCGUUCAAAACGUCAUUCUCAUCACUACUACUAAUGCUACCACAACUAGCUUUAUGUGCUUGUACUUGGUACAGCUGCGAUCAUACCUAAUAUAGCCGGCUUCGAUGAUGUUGCGGAUUGCACAUUUCCACGCAUGGCAGUCUGAUUUACGAAUCUUGACAGCUCGACCCAUCCUCACCCACAGCGAUGGAGACCGAGUUCCACAGAUCCAAGAACCACCUUCAUGUCGUGAUGAACUGUGUCGGGGUAGGCUUCCUCUUCGACACCUCAAGGUGGACGACGAUGCUAGACUAAGGGCAACAACAUUGAGAUCGUGAGGCGGACGACGAAGGACAUGCGCAAACCGGCCCAGCCGUCUUUCUGGGAUGGCCUGAGAUACACUUGCGUUAUUGUCGCAGAGAACGCGGACCGUUUUCGUACGUUGUGCUUUACUCUGAGUAUGGUCUUCAGGCGGCCGUUCAGUUCAGUCUAUUUGAGGGAAACGUAGGUCAUCUCCCAUGUGCACGGCUUAGUAUUCACAAUCCCAUAUGAGGGCUAGCGGGACGAAUGCACGGUGCACGCGGUCUUUUAUGGUGAUGUGGUAUCGCGUGGAGUAAUGAGUGACAUGCCAAAAUUAUUGGGUGAAGUAGUUCCAAACUAUGACGAUGAAUCAUUUCUGAGGACCUAAGGCAGGUUGUAAUGAUUGUGGCCUUACGGCGCUGCCAGAAUUACGGGAGUCUAAUUCAUGUGUAGUGGGAGACUGGGAUGCGUGUGACGCACGUAGGCAGAUGCUUUACGCCAUUUCGCCCACUGCACCCACGCCCACCUCCAGUCUUGAGAGCGCCAAGUAAAUGCUGCUCAUAUGCCCCUCACUUUAAUGCAACUCACGCUCAAGUCACCAGCGUUUUCUUGCUACAACGACAGUCGGUAUUCAGCUGUGAACCGUAGGAGAGGUUAUUUUACGAAAAGUACAAACAAGUUCGCCUUAGGCAAGGCACUCUUGAUAACUGUCACUAGACAGCGUUUCACUGAUUCGUUUGCUGCGUUCCCCAGAAGGGGUAGUCUUGGAAACAAGUCUUUCUUUCCUGCAGUUACCACGGCAGGCUUUGUGGCACACCCUAAUAUUCCGGGGGACGAAUCUCUCUGGAUAGCCGUUUUCGCGGACCGUGUUCUGAAUCUGCCGGAGCUCUGCUUCAGCAGUUUCGGAAGAGCAGAUACGUCGCACUCUAACCGCCAAUCCCUAGACUAGCGUUCGUUUUAAGUUUAGAGGAACAAAGUUGAAAUUGCAUUAUUUCUUCCAGGUCUACUUUGACAAUACCUUGUGUUGGAUAUAUCCAACCUCCUGUCUGUGUAGAAGGACAUCCAAGGACGCGGUUUCAUCAUUCGCCUCAGUCUCUGCGGCAAACUUCAGCGAGGGGUGCGCCUUGUUAAACUUCUGAACUAAGCCAUCAAUGUCGGUGGUAUGACUUAUCGGGCAGAAGAUAUCGUCCACGUACUGACUGUAGAAAUCAAGGUUUUUGAUGGUAUCCUUGAGACUUGUUUGCCAGACCUUACUUAUGAAGACAUUUGCGAGAAACCGUCCAAGUGGUUAACCCAUCCAUUUGUUUAGCGAACCCAGCGCUCUGUUGUCAGAAGACAUUGAUACAGACAGUCUGUUUUCCUCGGCCGACUUUAGGUGGUGAUCACACGCUGUCCCGACCUCCUGUGAACAGUCACGUUAAAUCCGCCUGUCAGACAUACAGCUCCAACGUCCUCAACACGCUGACACCCUUAUACGAGAGGCGUGGGAAAGGCGAGUGUGACUAACCCUUCCCUCUGAGACAUAAAUAAACUCCGUAUCUAACUCACAAAUUCAUUCUUCAUGUACUUUUAGUGGUCUGACGAUGAAUUGCCCGAGGACACAUGUUCGCCAACUGACUUUUCGAUUUUUAAUGCGUCAUGAUGAUUUGAACGCGCGUCGGAUUUGUUUUACUGAAGAUACUGAUCGCCUUAUCCCAGCUAAUUUGGCCUUGCCCCCAUUACAAUGGAAAGUUUGAGUUUUCGUAGAGCUGUAAUAACGAUAUUAGUCGUAAUGAUUAACUCUUUCUGAAGCAUUGGUCUACCGCAGGCCGAUUAUUCGACUAGCAUGCCACUCGAGAACACGGUGUCCACAGUCACUAGUGACCUUGGCAGCUUUAAUCUCAUAAUUGUUGUAUGAGUGAUGGCUUAAGUUUUAGGGAUUGUUGUCGUACAUAACUGUGAUCGGAUAUUCCCUGCGGAUGCCCCGCUAUGUGGUGCAGUUGUAAUUAUAACGAGGAGUUGAUUUGGUUUAUUCUUUGGGCGAUGAGCAGAAAGCUUUGGUGCUAGAUUGCUGGAAGGCGUUCGAAAUUACUGUUGGGCAGGAAGUAAUCGUUGCGGGUGGGCAUAAGCUGGCUGGAAGUCGGGCGCGUUGGGCAGACCGAGGAGUGUGGUAGGGGUAGACAGGGACUCGCGGUAAGAAGUAGCCUUAAACAUCGUAUGUGAACUCCGAGAUCGCAGCUGCUACAUCGGACGCCCCAUCCAUCCUGCCCGGUGUUGUAACCACAAAAGGACCAGCCGUAGGCAGGUAAGGGAGACCUGUAAAUUUUUGACCGGAGUUCCUGUCAGUGUUACUCCAGUCAUUUCAUGAUAGAUUUGCAUGGGUCCAACUAGGAAACUGCAUGCAUGCAUGUUCGCUCACAAUAUGGAAGGGUACUGUAUACACCGCUGGCGGUUGUCCUCCGUGUCCUGGCGACGCCUGCGUUUCAGUGGACAACGGAAAGUACGGGAGGAGUCCCUUCAAGUCUAGUAGCGUUUUGUGUCGUGGGGGAUUGAUCGGUCAUGCUGGCACUGGUGGAUCCAAAGGUCUCCAGCAACACAGUACAACGGCAGUACAACGGCCUGUCAGACGGGCUGUCUCUACUGUUACGAACUGGUUAAAUCCAGUAACACGAAUCGGGGACACAAGCCAGUACGGAGGCACGUAUACCUCUUCGAUUUUGAUGCUUCGUGAGCUGGUGCCUCUCAGGUGGCAGACAUGGUCUACAGCUACGUGACAACUUUCAUGGGUUCGGCGUUAUCAGCUAUUCAUGCCGGUUCACACACGUGUAUUCUCUCCGUGUUGAGAGUCGAUCCGAAGUCGGCCUGUCGGAUGACACAGGACUCUAAGAUCCGAUCUCAUGUCAUCCUUUUCAUCUGUUGUGAUUUUCAAUACAUAAUCAGCUGCGAAUAUGAAAUCUUGUAUGACGGCUCUGGAUACUUUAUAAGCCGGAUUUUGGAAAAAUUCGUAGCUUUUCAACAAUGGGUGUCAACUCAGGUUUACCGAUCGGGGUAAGCUUCCAUCAGCAUGAUUGGGAACUCGAAACUUGAGGCGGAACAGUUACGCAAUCCUGCCUCACCUUAUCUUCGACUGCCAACUUCCGAAAUUGAACCACCGCCCGUGGCGCGUUUCGUUAUGCUCCUGUGUGGUUUCUUGACCGUCACAUUGGACCUCUCCGUACAUCCAGACUUCAUCAUUAUUUUCCAGAAUUGAUUUCUGUUCGGGGUCAACAUAUUUGGAGGGCCAACAUAUUUUUACACUUCUGUCUGAAUCGUUUCGGUGCAGGGAACCCUUCAAGUGGAUAUCUACUGCACAGUUGUCAUCGCCUCGUACAGAAAGGGCAGUCUGUCAUAAUCGUCAUUGGUUUCUAAUGGAUGGAGUUUAUUGAUGGAUUCGUUUCAGAUGGGCGUACUUAGAAUGCUUAGCUCGACUCGCCAGUGUAUGUGGCUUUUUUGACAAGGUUCUGUCCCACCUGGGCUGGGACUCAACUUGACACGUAAGAAGUUCUUCUUUUCACUAGGGUGGCUGUAUUUCCGGACUGCAUCAGCCGCGCAAUUCAGCCAUCUUUUCUACAUCUCUCAUACCCCAGCUUACACGUGCAGCCGUCCAUGUUUUCACUUUGUUGCUCUCGUAGGGCCUCCGUAGCUGGUUUUCCUCUGAGCGGAGGCGCCGGAUUUCUUCUUUAAUGUCACCUGUCCAGUCUCGGUGUUGUCGACUUAGGGCUCACACAACUCCCGUGGCUAUGGUCUAGAUGCCACCUCUCGGUAUUUUCCUCCCAUCAUCAUCAUCAUCAUCAUCAUCAUCAUCAUCAUCAUCAUCAUCAUCAUCAUCAUCAUCAUCAUCAUCAUCAUCAUCAUCAUCAUCAUCAUCAUCAUCAUCAUCAUCAUCGUCGUCGUCGUCGUCAUCAUCAUCAUCAGCAGCAGCAGCAACAUCAUCAAUAAACUUGAACUUGCUUCUCGUUGUUGAUUGGAUCCGGUCUGCCCUGUGCAGGUGCGUGCAUACAGCACGUGUCAGACGGAAACAUUACGCAGCCUCAAUCACUACGCCCUCCAUUCCUUUGUUUCCAACCCACCUGACUUGGACUUGCCACUGUUAUGAAGGAGAAGAGGAUGAGGACUAUUCGACUAAGGUCUAGCACUUUCACUCAGAUUAAAUCGGGCAUCCUUGAAGACCAUUGUGUAAUAAUUUACCCUACUGACGACACAGUAUGGCAAAUAAUUGCACAGUUGUAUACUACUGACUGCCUGUUGGCGGUUUGUGAAUAUUACGCAGUUAUCCCGCAGUAGCUGGUGGAUGUCAGCUCAAAUAUUCAUAUCAACUCCGGGACCGUGCCUGAAAAAGUCUGUUCUAAAGAAUUUACUCAAAGUUCGCGCACUAAUAUUCUCAUAAAUUAAACAAAGCAAAUCCUUUAAGACCGUCAAAAUACACUAAAAGUCGGGGCUUAAAGGAUUGGCAAGUAACGGAAUAAAUCGGCCCUACUGCGGACCGAGGGUGAGUCUACAAUGGCCGCUUCCUAUAUUAACCUACAUGGCAGCUCUACUUAUUGGGAGAUUCCCGGCCCCGCCUGUAGUCUGGUUCGAGUGCGUGCGGAGACCGGUAUGUGUGCUGCACGUGUAACAGAGAUUUAGUUUCAUAAGCAACAGAAUCCACACUCACCUGCAGUCUUCUUGACGUCAUGUUGCCAUUGGAAAAGAGAAUGGGGCCAAUGCAACGCAAGCCUUCCUUACUGUUGUUGCAUUCCAUGUGCAAGUCGGCACUACCCCCUUCAGGACAGUCAUUUGCGACGGAAGAAUUGCUAUUUCGCUGCUUAACUCCAUCCUUUGAAGAAGGAAGUUAACAAGAAGAGGAAGUUAUGGAAAAGAUCGCUCAUUGACCGGACGCCAGAAUCCCUGAACACUUAUAAGUUACAGGGAAACCGGGUCAACAUUCUCUUUGCCAGAGAUCGGCAAGUCCUCGAAAAGGAUCUUUUGAAGUGUGCCACAGUUAAUCCCAAAGUCCUUUACAGUCACAUAAGGCAGAGUACACGGAACGAAAUUCCCAUCCCAUUGCCGCGAACGGCCGAGGGCACGGAAACCUCAGAGGACAAGAAUAAGGCUGUACAUCUCUCUCAGUUCUUCCGGUUCGUCGUGACAAGUGAACCCAAUUUUUUCACACCCACUUGUGAAGAGGAAGAAAUUCCUACUAUUGAAACAGUCUUCUUCACCCAGGCAGUCGUUCAGAAAGAGUUACUUAACCUGAAGGAGUCAACCUCCCCGGGCCCUGAUGCAGUCUCGGCCGAGUUGCUUAAGGAGUUAGCUUCCGAAAUGUUCACACCGUUAGCCUUGAUCUCCCAAACAUCAUUUGCUACUGGGUACCUACCCUCCGAUCGGAAGUCCGCUACCAUCAUUCCGCUUUUUAUGGGCGGAAAUCGUGCGUCUGCGAAUAAAUACAGGCCAGGGAGUCUUACCUCCAUUUCUUACAAAAUCAUGGAGAAAAUCAUCAAGAAGGCGUCGAUGCAGUUUCUCGAGUAGCAUUAACUCCCCUCCCGAUGCCCAACACGGCUUUCGAAGUGGUAGGUCCUGUCUCACGAAUCUGCUCUUUUCACACGAAUGUUGGACCAAAGCAUGCGACGAAGGCAAUGAGGUGCACGCCAUCUACGUCGACUUCAAAAAGACCUUCGACAGCGUUCCUCAUCAACGUCUCUUGCACAAACUGCGCAACACAGGAAUUCGUGGACGCCUUCUUGUAUGGAUCCAGGGCUUUUUGACAGGACGGUCCCAAAGAGUGCAGGUCGGGCGUCAACAGUCCUCAGAUGUAAGCGUGGUAAGUAACGUCCCACAGGGCCCAGUCUCAGGCCCCGCGUUAUUCCUCGUUUUCAUAAAUGACUGCGUCAAGGACCUAGACUGUGAUGCCAUCCUGUUUGCUGACGACAUAAAAUUGGGGAAAGUUGUUCACUAUGCGCCAGACUGAGACCACCUUCAAACAAACUUGAGCCGACUCGAGGACUGGUCGAAGCGCUAGCUUAUGCCCUUCAAUGUAAGUAAGUGCAACUAUCUUAAACUCGCUAGCUGCGGAGCCUCCAGCCCCAGGACUUACUUUCUUCACGGUACACCACUGCAACAAGUUGGCAGUCAUAAGGACUUGCGUGCGUGGCUUACAUCUUCACUCAAAACAACACUCUACUGCGUGAAGGCGGCUAAUUCGGCAAUGGCUGCAUUGCACUUCAUUAGGCGAGCCUUUAUGGGAUUUGAUACUGACAGCUUUUCCAAAAUAUUUGGCACCCUCGUGCGACCUGAUCCAGAAUACGCCAUACAGGCAUGAAGAUCUUGGACUGUCAAGGACUAUACAGUCUUAGAGAACGUCCAGAGACGGGCGACAAAAAUGACAAAAGGUUUAAAGCACUGCCUUACGAAAUCAGAUUGUUAACUCUCAACCUGUUUCGCCCUUCGUACAGGCAACUACGUGGUGACCUUAUGCUAACAUUUCGCAUUAUCAACGGCCUAGAUUGUUGUUUAGAUCGCAGUGAUUGCUUCACAGAAGCUGACACGCCCACUUUGCGCGGUCAUCCCCUAAAACUACGCGCAGGUAAAGCAAGGAUCAAUGGACGGACGUCCUUUUUCAGUAACAGGGUGGUUGCAGCGUGGAAUGCCCUGCCUAUUGGUGCUGUACUCUCCUCCUCUGUGCACUCAUUUAAGUGUAGACUCGACGCGUAUCAAGCUUCCCAAGUGCAAGCCACACACAGUCACAUAAUCCGUCACCAACCUACAUAUGCCUAUACGACUUACAAUUAGCGGGUAACCGUUAAUGAUCACUAUUUUUCGACUACCUGGUAACUCUCUGCCUUUUACAUGCAAAUAUGCGCAGAAUCUCAUCCAACUUUCAACUUAUCAGUGUCCUUUUCAAACGAUUUGUAACCAAUAGGGAGUUCAAAGGCGCUCGCCUUUAUUCUCUUUAGUACAACUGAACUGAGCUGACUUUUACUCCCUUUUCUUUUCCUCCACUUUCCUUUUUCGUAGGUCAGUGGCGAAAAAAAUUCGCUCCACCUUAAGGAGUACCGCGACGCCCAAAGUAUCGAGAACCCGAUGCACCCUUCAAGACAUGAUCUUUCCUGAUGACGAUGAUGAUGCCGUCAAUUCCAACGCCGCCAGUGCUGCUGAGCAAUCCGACUCCGACUAUCAGCCAACUGCCUUGGACAUGGAAAUUCUGCAACUAGAUAGACUGUACGACCGCUUACCCGAAUCCAGUGCCGGCGUCCUUUCAGCUGACAGUGAGGAGGAUGAUAAUCAGCAGGAAGAGGAGACUAGUCUGGAAAUCAUGCCGUCGGCUGAUUCUGCCUGGCGGAGUGAAGAGGAUGACGAUGAUGAUAAUGAUGGUGACGGUGGUGGAGGCCGUGGCCGUCGUCACCGUUAUUUCACACGCUCAUGUCAAGUAAACCAUUAUGUUCUUUUGCCGCCCGAAAUAUAGGAGGUGUUUACAGACUGUGUGAAACAGUAGUCUUUCAUUAUAGAGUAGAAUCACGCAGUUUUUCGGAAAAUUGACCAGUUGAAAACUCAGUUGGGGGAUUUGUUAUUCGCGGUUAGCUUUGUUAAUCCGAUCGUUUUAUUAGCUCAAAAAGUAGAUAGGAUGGAUGACAGUUGUUUGCUUUUCUCCCGCCGUCGGUGUCAGCAACUUUUAGCCCACAUAUCGUUAAGGACCUCAAAAAGCGUCGAAGCCAGCCGGUCAUGCAAGAAAUUUAACCUGACUGAGUGACGAGAAUACAUUUGCUUAAAAUCGCAACGAUAGUUCUAAUGUCUUUGUGUCAGCAUCCUCUUCAGUAGCGUCAUAAGCAGACGAUUUCGAUAUGAACCUGAAGCAGCAAUGCUAGUACAUUCCAUUAAGUUCUAUCAAACAAGUCUCUAGACAAUGAAGUGUUUUUGCACUGCUCGAAAUUUUUGUUUUCUCCAAUGCUAUUAACUUUUCAUCCGACUGAAACAAUGAACUUCCCUUUCAGUGCUGCAAACCACCUGUUUAUGAAACUUACGAUAAUCGGCAUGGCUUCGGCAAAAAAUAUACUGCCCUGUCUACUUUUGAUACAACUGAUUGCGGACUGUUUAACACUUGUACUUUACAGUCUUUAGUUUACCCCGUGAGAAUGGGGAGUUGUACAGUUUAAGUAACCGUUUUUUUGGUAACCAAAAUAGACAGGUGCGAUUGAAUAGGUUUGCGGUCGACAGUCAGUAUGCAAAGUUUACCAUCUGGCUUGAAAUAAUGCUUGAAGUUCCAUAUUCCGUCGAGGACUGCGUCACUACGCGUACAUUGUACCCCGUCACCGAUGUGGUCUUCCUUCCAUUCACACAUGUAUGCGGUGUGUGCGUGACGGUCCGGGAUGAAUGGUUCCGCCCUUUCACUGUUAGUUGAUGUUCAUAUGUACAAGAAAAAGCGAAUUUCCCGGUUUAACCACAAUAGACUGCGUUACGACGGACACAUGGGGUUUUGUAGACUACUUCUUUUCUAUCGAGAUGAAGUAAGGCCUCAGUGGGUAUUUUCGGUGUCGACUUCUGUUUAAACCCUCUCUAAACUCACUACACCAGGCCGCGGAUCUCAUAUGAGUGAGAGGUACAAAGGUUCACGUUCGUGGUGUAUCAACCGUUAGGUUUUAUUGAAUGGUUUCGUUUUCGUGAGUAAUGUAAAGUACCGUGUUGGUCGUUGAAAUGCACACGCAUUUUCUGGGUGUUUGUGGGGAAUGUUCUGUUGAACUCGUUCGUCGGGGCUUGGGCCACGUCACCCUCAUCGUUAAUAUCAUCACUAGCCCGCUUGACCGGUCAGGCCACUGACACACGGAAAGCUGGAGGAGGGGGUGAGGCCGAUACCUUGGUGUCCCAUCUUACUGCAGUUCAGUGCAUUCCAUGCUUCUAUUUUGACCCAACUGAAAAAUUUUGGGCGACCCCGGCGGGAUUCGAACUCACGACAGCAAGGGGAAGGCUUGAAUACAGCCAACGCUCAAGCCACCCGAGCUACGAGGCCCCAUCGAGAGCCGUGAGCUUAACCACAUUUGGGUCAAGCUACCCGCACAGUCUACUGCAACAUAUGGAAUCCCACCGAGGUCACCGUGUUUCACAGUUAGAUGAAAAUAAAUUAUUCAAAAUCUGCCAAAGAACCUAUUCAUUCCUUACUCUAACAACUGUGUCGCGUUUGAGACAAUCACAAUGCGCAACAGUCGUGGCUUGGAUAGCUGCUCCUCAUGGACGUCCUUGUCUGCCAAAAUGUUACCUGAAAAUGGCAACAUAUAGAAAGGCUACCAACACAUGACAAAUCCCAGCCUACCACAUAAAGCAUCCACUUUGCUAUAGACGCAUCUGUGUGCGAACUCUCCGCGAAAGGACGGAAACAUUGCGGCCUGCCGGACGACCAAAGGUCAGAACUCACUGCCUCCAGUGCCCUGUUACGGCCAACAGGUAUUCCACAAUUGAAUGGAUCGCAGCAGACGGUCUAGACCAAACCAAGGUUUGGUGGGCGCUUCUAUACGUUGACGCUGCUCCUGAGACGCUUGCUUUUAUUCGAAGAUCGUUUGGAAUCGACGUCGUCCUCAUUGCCGGUGUCAGCUGUUCGGAUCUGGUCACGGUACCUGAGAUAACCUGCCAAAAGAUAAAGCGAAAGACUACAAGCUAACUGAAUUGGAGAAACCUGAAAAUGACUACAGACAUGCGGUGGCAAUCACAUGGUGGCAAUGAGUAGGGUGGACCCAUUGUCUAUGGUGGCGGAGCAUUGUGCAAACUCUGGACACACUUUUAUCCUAAAUAAUACUGAAUCGUUGGUCGAGGGAAUGACCGAAUAGCCAGGGAAACAGCCGACGCCGAGUACGCGGGUAAAACCUCUGCCAACCCUUGCAUGACUUCUUAUGCAACUUACUGAUCUCCGGCUGGCCUCAAUGGUAGACGUCCAUCAAUACAGCUGAGGACACUAGACUAAAUGGUGCAGGAGCGAGUACGUAAUCCCCUUUCUCCCAUUUGUUACCAUGAGGGCUCCCGAGACUGACCUUUUAUCCGUGACGCGUGCCAUCAGUCGCACAGGUGUCGUACUGUAUGCGUGCCUUGCCCCGGACGUUCGAAUUGCAGCACGGUCCUCCAGAGUUGAUCGACAAUGAAGCUUUUGAAGGCAUUUGUCAGAUCCACAAAGACGGCAUAAGCGCUGGUGCGCAUUUCCUAGCGCCCUUGUAGUUGGCGGAGGAGAAAACCGUUGCUGCUACAGCCGCUGACUCCGCGGCGAUCCAGCACUCCCACCCAGACAGCAUGAUCUGUGUCGGCGCAGAAAGUGAGGCCACCUGGGUCAAUCAGCUUGUUCGACUUCGGCACAGUGGCUAGGAGCGUGUGCAGGUCUUCGUAGAACUUUUCUUCGCCUCCACGGAGUUAGUCAUUGAGGGACACAGGCGCUGACGAUGGUGACGAAUUUGUUACCGCGCAGUGGCAGCCCCAUGGUCAUGAGGGGAUGCACGGGAGUGGGGACGACGUCUGCUGUUUUGUGUGGUGUUUCGGCCGUAGGUUUCGCCCCCACAAGCCACGGUCAGCUGCCAACUUUCUGUUUUAAAAACAAUGUUUGCCCCAUUCCUGUGUUUACUUGUAUCUAAGAUCUCAUCGCUGAAAUAAUGUUUUCCCUGGCUAGAUGUCAGCACGCACUUUGCUGCUGAGCAAAUAAGGAACGUCGUGUCAAAUUUCCUUUUUAAAAUGCUUUCAUCAUUUCACCUCGAAGAUGAAGAUUAAAUUCCUUUAUCGUUUUCCUAAUUAUUGCUCUUGGAUGCCACUGGCGAAUGCUCUCUGAGUAGUCCCAACGGGUACAUUGUAAUAGUGUAGUUGACGCAACUCACGAAAAACCUCAUUAGUUGGAAACCAAUCGAAGCACAGCAACCAAGACUCCGAAUCAAUAAUAAACGACCCUCAGCCAAAUAAAAACACAAAAUAUAUAUUGAAAAUAAUAUUACGUUGGUUAGAAAAAACGGUAAGGAUAGAGUAUGUGGUUCUACCUAUUCGUUAUCCCUAAAACGUGCGUACUUGUUUUAUUUAGGUGGGCAUGUUUCCUUACGGUUUGCCCGGUAAAAGAUUGCGACAGACGUUAUGCGCUAGUGGUAACUUAACUUUGACAGUAAUAUGAACGCUACACCUAACUCACACCCUAUGCCUCGCACUCGGACUAGUCAAGAUAAUCUUAAUGCAAAUCUAAAGCUAACACUAACUUUAAAUCUACCCCUUAAACAAAUGAGGUCAUUGUUUAGCUUAAGGGUCAAGGCUAGGGUUAGGUUAAGCUUGAGGUUAAAGCAAGGGUCAUGACCAGGCCAUGAAACCCCUAUUACCACCAUUGCCAUAUUACAGAGGUCAUCGUUUCUUGUUUUAUGAGGGGGGCCGCAUACAGCAUCGUUUAAAAAUAACAAAUUUCUUAAGAGAUGCGGAACUAUCGCAAGUUGGAAUAUUCGUGUAGAAUGAGCAAACGCAAUUUGUAGAUGUGCGUAUAAUCCGCCCAUGCAAACAACUGAGCAAGUAAAAAGGCAUAAGCAAAAAGCGCUGGACAGAAAGUCUUUGGGUCAUUUUCGGUGUAAUUAUCCCUCUGCAGCGGUUAGCCAACGGUUUAAUUUUUGACUGUUCUACAAAAUGAUGACGGGGGAAUUCGAUUGAAUUUUUCUAAUUUGAAUUGAAAAUUGGUUUUCGUCUGAGUUUGCGGAUACGAAUGUCACUGGAACAAAAAUUAUCAUACGGCCACUUAUGAGGAGGCCGGCCAGUGACUAAGAAAUUGAAAUAGUGUCCGCAGAUGCAAUCACAAGCAUACCAUUUUUUGUUUCAAGGGGAUUUUUCUUUCAUAAAACCGCCGUGCGCUUUCUGGCGACAGUAGAGUUCGCUGAGUUCCUCGAUAUCUGUGGGAUGUUUGUGAUUGAUUUUCGGUCUCCAGCGUUCUCAGUCCAUUGCCUAAAUGAUAGGUUCCAUAGUUCGUGUUUAUCAAAACCUUCAAACUGAAGCUUUUGCGUAGAUAGCAAUUUCUCAGAUCGUCGUUUUAUGUCGAUCACGGGUUGGGUCAUAUUUGUAGACUCACUCGAACCCGAAACCUAAUUGUCACAAACAGCGUUCUCCUCGUUUUCUCGCUUUCAGGUUUAGUUCUAUCAUAAUGAAUGCACUAAAGAGUGGCUAUAUAAAUACUACCACAAUUUUCAAACUCCCAACGAUGCGUGAAUUCUGCUUCAAAGUUACGUAUAAGGAGAAAUUAGACCAGACAAAAAGCAUCUUGCCAUAUUCCGAAAAACUAAGAUAAUCGCGUCAUGAUGGCUACUUGUGGAAUGUUUGUGUAAACCUGAGACACAAAAGGUCGCCUGUAGGCCUUGUUACUGCCUUUUUGGACACAAAAUUACGCAGAUUUGCGAAUGAAAACUUUAAAAGGGAAACCUGUCGUUAUUCUUGAUAUAACAUGCGUUCGUAUCCGGGCCCAGCUGAUUUAAGCAGAUCGGAGAAUCAUAUUUCAACCUAACGACAGUAUACCUCCCAACUUAGAUUAGUGUUUUCUAAUAUAAAAGCACCCAGCAAGACAUAGGCUCAGUCUAGGACAGUCUACAAUUAUUAGUGUAGAAAAUUUCCUGGCCCUGAGGUAGCAUUGGUUUCCGCCAAAAAUGGUAGACCCUUUCAUUAAGUAAGUGGCCCAGAAACAUUGUACAUGAAGAAAGACUUUUCCCUUUAGUUUUAAGCUAGUAAGUAAAAUCCACGACGUCCAGGAAAACUAGAUAAUGUGACACACGUAGAUCGGCCAGUGGGUUUCGUGUGUGCAUUUCGCAGCGGGUGUGUCCUGUGUUUUCUUUCUCCUUUGCGUUAUAUUGAUCUUGAAAAAGAUGUUCACAGAUCUGGUCACAGUGUGCAACAUCUCGUCCUUUUAAGCCUUAACCUAGAGCACUCAACUAGUCGCAUGGUGACAACUUAAAAUGGGGAAUUGUGGAAUGGAACUGUUGUCCAACCUUCCGGCCUCGAUUAGCUCUUGACCCGCCUUUGGUCCUAGCUUUGUCGUUAUAUCGUCGCUAUUGGGGCUUGCUUUUAGAGCAUGAGCAUAAUGAGUAUAUCGCCUUUUUCCUUUAUUCUAAUUUUAUGCUUCCCCAGAAGCCAGAAGCCUGAUAUAAAACAAACGAGAAUUUCGUCCUUCAAUAAAUCUUCAUCUGCCAUCCCCGAAACCAUCUUUUUGCUCAUUUCUUCGCUAGGUCAAGGUACCAACUAACGAGGACAUUUCGGACACGCAAAGUUGGAUCCGUGAAUACAAUGCCUUUGCAAAAAAUCCCUCUUUACUCAUGCAAGACUUUGACAGUAAGGAGAAAAACGCGACGGAUGAGGCUGUCUGCUGCGAGUAUGAAGCUCCAGGUGAGAGGGAGACAACUGGGCCGCUUGGUGCUGAGACCGUUUGCCUUUCUGAAGAUCCGCUACCGUCCCCGAAACCGGCACAGAACGUGGAUGAGUCCAUACCGACUGAUCCAGAUGAUCACAUUUAUAGCAACUUCCUGCGCUCGCUUUUCUCACCUGGAGGCACCCCGCAGAAUGAUAACUCUGAGCUGGUAAGCAGAUGCGAUCAAAAUGGGCAACAGCACCGCUAUAUACAGUGCUAAUCCACUUCACCAACGUCCCUGUCAAUUAGGACUCCGGUGGGAAUGGAAAUACCUCACAAUUAAUUUUAAUGGCGUGCCCAAAGCAGCUGAUUUUAUAAUGAAUAUCUGCUCUCACCAACGUCUGUUACUUGUUUCCGCACCCUCGUCCUGUGUGCGUUUUGCGUUUACUUAGGCGAUCUCACUUCCUGUAAAACUGCUGUUCUCUGACCCAUUCCACAGCCGGGAGAAUCCAGUCUCUUCCUCAGCCAAUCCAACUUUGGGGUGCUUGCCAGCCCUGAGAAUUUUCUUGUCACCUCUCCAGCUCGUCAACCUAACACCGAGCAUUGGAAUGCAGACGACUUUGAUGACCCAGACUUCGAUGUUAUGGCAGAAAUAGACAAUGUCUGCAGCGAAGACCUUUUCGACGAGUUGCGCAACGACAGGGCUGUCCGCGUUUCGAAGAUGGAAGCCAAGGUAGGCCUUUGGACCUCGAGCCUUUCCCAUACUCUUUUCUUCCAUCUUUUCAGAAAAACCUGACACUGACGAUUAGGUCCUUGGGUUUACGUGGGUUUUCAUGACAAAUUAAAUCUACAUGACCACCUCCAGUGGCAAGCCAUUUAUCUCCCGUUCGCCCUGAGCCAGUUUUCUUACGAAUAACGACAAAAUGCAUGCUAUCCUUUUAUUUCCCGUAAUUAAUCUGGGCCUUAUGCAGUAGAGCACGGAGAAACUAGGUAAGGGCCAGUCACCUGUCGAGGUAACCUCUAGAAACCAGUAGCCCUCAUACCCUCAGACACAAAUCUGCUAGACCAUCUACUUAUUCAGGUUUCGUGAAGUUGUAUCAUGAACUAAUAACUAUUACCUGCCAUCAAGCACACCCCUAUCUACCACUUUUACCUUAUGGCGGGUUAUGGCCUCCAGUAAAAGGCUGAGGGGGAGAUGGCAGCUCAUCUGUAGCGCAUUCCUAUUUUCCAUCUGACAUAUGGAAUGCGAUUCACGCGAUAGCUAUUACAGGUACCGACGCGUACGAGCCCGCACCGGUCCAAGUAUGCGAAUUCCCAUCCUACGGCAUAUAUGUAUAUAGGUAAGAUUACCGACGAAGACAAGGGAGGCUGAAAUGGCCACUUCUGGCUUAUUAGUCGUCAUCAGCCAGUCACACCCAGGCCCAGGUUUGGAACAUCCGAGGCUCGAUCCGGUGCUCCUUUGGUUGUUAGUCCAACGCUCUAAACAUGGAGCCAUGGGCUCGUCCUGUCCCUACAAAGACAGGUAAGACUGGGCAGUCAUUUCUGACUUAUUAGCCGUCGCUAGCCGGCCUUACUCAAGCCCAGAUUUUUGCCGCACCUCGGCCUUGAACCCGCGUUCUUUGGCCGUCGAGCGUCAUUAAGUUAAACAGGCCCGUUGCUCUGUCGGUUGCGACCGCGAAUAUUAACUUAGGUUGGAGGUGCGUUCACCGAUCGGGACAACGUAUACCUGAUGCUCUUUGGGCCUAAUAACACUCGAUGGUUAAAGAAAACAGGUUCGAGGCUCACUUUCCGCAACUCUGGGUUUGUGUAAGGUGGGAUAAUGACGGCCAAUAAAUCAGAAGUGGCCAUCCCGAUCACAUUUGUCUUUUUUGACAUUUUCCUUCUGCAUAUAGAUGUGUUCCACCUCCUCUCCAUUCCCUCCCGCCUCACUCAGAAAUCCACCAUGA